GAUUUGGUUAAGUUAGACUGACAAGUAGCAAGCAGCAAGCCGGUGUCUCGGAUGAUCUGCGGCUGAGUGGCCGGUGAAAAGGGCAUAGGAUGUUCGAACCGCUACCGGUCGGUAAAGUGUUAAUAUCUCGUAUGUGCCGAUGCCGCUUUGGUUCUGAUGUGUAUCCGCGAUAAACUGACCUUAGUUAACGACACUGGGCUCACGUAUUGAGUAUGAAGAGAGUAAAGAUUGUGCCAGACAGGCCAAAUAGGUUAUUCGAGAUUUGGUUAGAAGAAUGGAGGAACGAAGCAGUGCUCCGAAAAUCUGACCUACGGAAUCACUUCGCGAAGGCAUUGCACUCGUUGAGGAAGUAUCCAUUGCCAUUGGAAUCUGGUAGAGAUUGUAUAAUUUUGCAGCAUUUCGGCACAAAGUUAUGCUCGAUGCUGGAGAGAAAAUUAGAGGAGCACAGGAAACAAGAGUCCGAUAACGUGAUUGAUGUUGCCGCAGUCAGUAAUGACGAAAAAUACGCCAUUAUAUCGGAAAAGACAAAGGAAGAUCGGACAAUCGGAAAUGAAAUACAAGAAAAAACAGUGAUGGUUAGACAAGCUAAGAACAUUAAGAAAAAUAUCUCGAAGGGAUUAGUAAGUGCCAAUGAAAUAGCAUCGAGGCAAGUUGACAGGCAGAUUCAUUUCGAACCCAAUACUUUUGAUAUUAUAUUACUAGUGGAUACUCAAGAAACUUGUGGUGGAAAAGGAAAGUCUCAAUAUGAUUCUACACUUAUAGAACUAACACAACUUGAUGUGAUGUUUGAAGUGCGUUGUUUGAAAGUUGGUGAUUUUGCAUGGAUUGCAAAGUGUAGAAAGACUAAUGAUGAAUUGAUUUUACCUUAUAUAGUUGAAAGAAAGCGAAUGGAUGAUUUAAGUGCAAGUAUUAUAGAUGGAAGGUUCUAUGAACAAAAGUUUCGACUGAAACAAUCUGGUAUUGAGAAUCUUAUAUAUAUAGUAGAAAGUAUGGAUAAGAAUGCCCGAUUUUCUAUACCACUUCCAUCAUUGUUGCAAGCUUCUGUGAAUUGUUUAGUGCAAGAUAACUUUACAGUGAAAUAUACAAGAAGUCAUAAAGAUUCUAUGUCAUAUUUGUCAUGUGCAACAAAAACUUUGAUUAAAAUCUAUAAG